AUGCAACCUAACUGUCCGCCUGUUGUCGACUGUAAAAAGUGGGCGCAAGCCAAGCGCAUAUUUGAAGGAGAAAGUUGUGUACUUUCCUACAAUGAGGACCAAGACUGGUUUGAUGAUGAAGAUGAGGAGUUUCAAUUUACUGAAUCCAAUCAGUGGUUCGAAGAUGCAUUUGUCGUCGGUUUGAAGGAGUGCGAAGAGAUGCAGUGCGGGCAUUUAAAAGUACGACAGAGACAGUUGGAUGAGGCCUUGGAAAGAUUAAAAGACACUGUAAAAGGAGUGUUUCUGCAUGAAGAUCAUGGACAAAAGAAAAAAUAUUAA